AUGCCGGAAGAUUCGAAAGUCAAAGGUUUUCCCGAUCUAUCGUCCAAACUGUCCGCCCCAGCGAAAAAAUCCCUAUUUGAGCGCCAAAAAGCCGAAGCCGAAGCCAAACGUGCAAGGGAAAAAGCAGAGACCGAGGCAGUUUACGAGGAUUUCGUGAAGUCAUUCCAGAAUGAUGCUGAUACAUCUACGGGCCCUAGCGCCAGCAGCAGAACAGGCUCAUAUGGACGUGGAGGCGGUGUACAUUCGGGAGGCUCCAUCGCCCCUUCAAAGCGACACUUCACGUCGAGCACGAUGAGGCCUGGACCCGACUGCCUAGGAGGUGCACAUUCUUUUGGUUCGAGAAAACGUCCGUUUGAGGCGAUACAGCCAUCCCACAAGGAGAGAGACUCGGCGCAUGGUCCUUUUGGCUUUGAAAGCUCCCCAGCUACCCAUGUUGAUGCAGCCGCGGUUUUUCAGGCUUCCGAUGACGAGGAGGAUAAACUUGCAGACAAGAAAGAAGCGGAAAGGGCCGCAGCUAAACCCACCCUUCAUCUUUCAUCGUUGCCACCGGGAACGUCUCCGGCAGCCGUCAAGGCCCUUGUAUCGCACGCUCUUGUGGUGGAUAACGUUAAGAUUUUACCUUCAACUUCCCAAGGGACUGGAGAGCGACGAGUAUGGUCUGCGAUUAUUACUCUGGCGAAAGAAACAGCUGCUACUGAGAUGGAUACUGUUGUCAGCUCAUUGCAAAACAAAUAUCUUGGAUGGGGUCACUAUCUGUCAAUUUCACGACACCUCUCUUCGGCCGCCAUCAACUCUACCAUGCCAGUCAUGGGUGGAUCAACCACUUCGACUUCCAAGCCAUUCGGAGCACGGCCAAUAAACCAAGGUCCAGGGGGCCAUUUAGGUCGUGGCGGCCCGUCGGGCGGUCAUCGUGGAGGCUUUGCACCACCAUCAUCGUACGGACAAGGUUAUGGUGGUAGAGGUGGAUCUACCCUCCAAGUCGAGGUCAAGCCUCCAUCAGAUCUGAAGCAACUGAAGCUUAUUCACAAGACCCUGGAGAAUCUCCUAACAUACGGACCCGAGUUUGAGGCACUCCUCAUGAGUCGGACCGAAGUUCAGAAAGACGAAAAAUGGGCUUGGAUAUGGGAUUCAAGGAGCCCAGGUGGUGUGUGGUACAGGUGGAAACUAUGGGAUAUCUUGACUGGCGCAAUGGGAGCUAGGGGAAGACACUCAAGAAUGCGGCCUACCCCUGCAUCUGUUUUCGAAAGCGGCCCUGUUUGGGUACCCCCGGAAAAUCAUUUACAGUUUGAAUACGUUACAAAAAUAGAGGAGUUCAUAUCUGAUGAAGACUAUGAUUCUUCAGAGGAGGAUGACUCUGACAGAGAGGAUGAUAGGCGUCUCGAUUCUGGAGCCCAAGAGAGCAAUACCGACGGUAUCGGUCACUUGAACCCGCUUCAAAAAGCAAAACUCGCACAUUUGCUCGCGAAACUCCCUACUACCAAUUCGAAGUUGCGAAGAGGUGAUGUCGCUCGGAUUACUUCCUUUGCGAUUAGACAUGCCGGACGUGGCGCCGAUGAAGUGGUGGAUAUGAUCGUUUCUAAUAUUACCAGCCCGCUUGCUUUUACCAAUGCUAACCCAGAACGCCAACGACGGGAGACAGAACUUCGUGGCGGGAAACCUGACGAUGGUGAUGAGGCCAACUCUGGGGAGCAUGAAAAGCAAACGGCCCAGUCUUUACCGAAAAAAUCAUCUAAAGAGAACCUGGAUACUUCGGCUGCUAAGCUGGUAGGCUUAUACCUGAUCUCUGACAUCCUGUCUUCGUCGUCUACAAGUGGGGUCCGACAUGCCUGGAGAUAUCGACAACUAUUCGAAUCAUCUCUAAAAACACAUAAAAUUUUCGAACAUCUUGGUCGCCUGGAAAAGGAGCUCGGGUGGGGUAGACUGAAGAUUGAGAAAUGGAGAAGAAGUAUUAGCAGCCUUUUAAGUCUAUGGGAAGGCUGGUGUGUUUUCCCUCAAUCAAGCCAAGAACACUUCGUCCAAGUAUUUGAAAAGCCGCCCCUUACGGAGAAAGAAAAGCUAGAAGAACAAAAGCGUGCCGAAGCAGAGAAAGCGACAGGCGUAUUUGGCAGCAAAGGAAAGAGUCGAUGGAGAACGGUCGAAGAUGAUGCCAAUGAACCUGCUGUGGAUUCAAACAACGCAGCGAACAUUCUAGAAGGCGAGAAAAUGGAUGUUGAUAACGAUGGUGUACCUAUGCCCGAUGACGAGGACGUCGAUGGGGAGCCUAUGGAUGAUGACAUCGACGGCGUUCCAAUGGAGGACAGCGAUUUGGAAGAUGUCGUAACUAAGGAGCUGGAAGAAAAUGGCAUGGAUGGGAGCGGAUACCAAGCUACUCAAGAUGUAUCUUCGCUGGGCGAUCAAACUGCCAGUGAUGCCCGUCACAGUCAACAUGCCGAGCAUGACGCCCAACCAGCCCCACGGCGUCAUCGACCCAAGGCAGAGGAUAUGUUUGCGGACUCUGAUUCCAACUAA